AUGGUGCCGGUCGACUCAUCAAUUGAAAUUAUUGAAACUCUGUCUCGAAAGCGCAGCAACGAUGUUAUAGAGCUGACAUCUGAAUUUGAUGAUCUUGCUCCGCUGGUAGUUCAAUCCUCUACACUAGGAUGUCCUUCUUCACCAAGAUCACAUAAUGCCAAUUGUGUUACACCCAGGUCUAGUCAGAAAAAUCCCAAAGACCGAUCUGUGGAACUGUCGUGUACCUUUCAAAACGACACUCAUUUGGAGAAUGGCAUAACCAACUCAGCUUCCCGCUCUAAGAUGAGGAAAAUCAUUAAUUUGGAUGAAUCGUGUGCUAAUUCUACUGAACUCCUCCAUGGCUCAAGCCCGAAAUUAUCACGCCUAUCUGUGUGCAAGGGAAUUAACUUGGAUCAGCUUGUAGGCGAUGACAUUCCUUCUUCUACAGAUUUCACAGAUGGGCAUAUCUCUUCACCACAAAGUGCUCAAAAAUGUUUGAGCAUAGCUGCUCUUACGGCUAAGUGGUCUCAAAAGCAAGAUAUUGGGAAGCUCGAAGAGAAUGUGUUAAGUAGCCCUCCUAGACCUCGAGAACAAGUUAACAGCCCACCUUGUGAUAAAAAACUGUUCGUCAGCUCUUCUUCUCUGGAUUUCGGUACAUCAGGAACAGGACUACAAAUUGCAGAAAUACCUAAGGAAUCUUCUGUUGCGGGAUCACCCUUGAAACGUUUACGAGAGGUGAAUCUUGAAAGCUGUAUUGAAGGUAGUCCUAUUCGUAGCCCAGCUGAUAAAAAUAAUGAAGUUGACACCAUUGAAGACUCUUCCGACUUUGUGCUAUUCGAAAAAUCAGAUCAAAAGAAUUUAAUUUGGAAACCAGAGCUCCAAAUGUCUAGACCUCGCGGUGUAAACUCUCUAGAUAGCCUCAAAGCCAAUUCAUUGCCGAAUGAAAAAGAUGACAAGCUGCAUGGUAAGUUCAGCAGAUUCAUCGUCAAUGAGAAAUAUUUUACGGAUGAGGACUCCCGACACGAAGUAUCGAAACAUCUAGCUUCUUCAGCAGCCAAGAAAAGAUUUAAUACCGUCAACAAGCUCAUAAAGGAUGUGGUGGCCUUAAGGGCGGAGAUUUUUUUAGAUAUGGAUGAGUCUCUUUGUGAAGAGUUCAAAGAAGAUGGUAUUGAUUUCCGAGAAGAGAUAAAACCUACAACAGUCAUUCACACACAUACGACUACACCACUGAUUAAGAUACGAAGAUGUUGCGAUUCAGUGUACGACUACAAACAUGGAAUUUUCUAUCCCGAAAACAGGUCUAUGGUAACCGAGACAGUGUCAUUGCUCUAUUUUGACGCGUUGGAUUUCUUUCAUCAGUACAAGACUCAAGCCUCACGCUUGGUAGGGCUGGUCAACACACUGAAAGAAACUAAGCAGCAAGUUAUUGUAAUUCUGAGUGGUCGAGAUCGUCUUUUCAAGGGUCUACAGAUGGUAGAGAAUAAACGGUUUAGAGAUCAAGUAGAUGAAGAGCUCCACGGAACAAAGGUCAAUCGAAGCCGGGCUAAGAGCAGACAGACUGAAAUAUUGGAGGAGUUGGCAAUGCCAGCAAACCAAAUUGAUGUCACCACUGAUAAAAUAGCGAUAUGUUUAGGUGUUCAAUUUUUCACCGCAGAGACCAAACGAGAUGCCGUCACUUGGAUUACCAACUUGAUAAGCGUUGUUAGCCGCAAGAGAUAUGAUCCUAUUAUACGGCAUCAGCAGUGGUCUCAUAUCAAUUUGAGGUCGGCACAAGAUUCACGAGAUGCGUUAGCGAAGGCCAUCGAGCAAUUGGACCAAAUGACACGACUAAGGGCCCAACGAGUAGUUGCGGUCUACAAAAGUUAUCAGCAACUCUUUGAGGACGUGCAAAAUGGUUUUUUGACCAGCGGGGAGGAUGGAAAUGCGCUAAUGCCAGGAGCAGCUGAAUCAGCUGUUGUAUCUUUACUGACGGCCGAAAAUCCGGAUGAUCUUGUCUACUUAUCCUAA